AUGACAAACCACAAUCCCAGGGCGGGCUGGGAAAAAAUUGGCGAUCAAUUCUACCAAAAGAUCCAGCUCUACGAGUCAAUCUUCGAUCCAGAUCUUGAGCUCGAGAACUAUCUUGUGGCCGGCGCUCCCUAUGGCGGAGCUCUAGCAUUAUGGCGGGACCCGGCAAAGAUUGCUCGAUAUCGGACAGGGCAGUCGGCUAAGCCAACUAUCGACAUCUAUUCAUCGUCGGGAAAACUGAUCAGCAACAUCAACUGGGAAAAGGGGCCCAUCAAAGGCCUCGGCUGGUCAGAUGAUGAGAAGCUCCUGGUCGUCACCGAGGACGGUACAGUGCACUGUUACUUCGGGCUCCAUGGCGACUUUCAGCCAUUCUCUCUCGGACACGGCGCUGAAGAAUUUGGUGUCAAAUCGUGUCGAUUCUGGUCCCAUGGAUUGGUCGCUUUGUUAUCCAACAAUGCCUUGAUUGCCGUCUCAUCGUUCGACGAGCCAAGGCCCAGGCUCCUCGCCCAGCCACCUGAUGGUGAAGUUCACUCCUGGUCACUGAUUCCGCCGGCCUAUACCCUUUCCAGGUCUGUCGAGGUCUUGCUAGCUAUCGACAAGACCAUCUUUGUCGUCGAUGCGACCGAGGCUGAGGAUAGAGGGCUUUCGGACGGACCGUUCAAGCAUGUCAGCGUAUCCCCAAAUGGGAGGUUUGCGGCAUUGUUCACAGAGGACGGCAAGGUUUGGGUUGUAGGGAGUGACUUCCAGAACAAAUACAGCGAAUACGACUCCAAGGCCAAAACAACGCCAACCCAAACCCAUUGGUGUGGGAAUGAUUCGGUUCUCCUAGCAUGGGAGGAUGAGAUUCAUAUGGUAGGGCCCAAUGGUGCCGCGGUAAAGUAUUACUACGACGACCAAGUCCACGUUGUACCAGACAUUGACGGUGUCCGGCUCAUUACUAAUGAAGCGUGCGAAUUCCUGCAUAAGGUACCGGAUCCUUUGGAAGACGUCUUCAAGCUGGGGUCAAGUUCCGCCGCCUCUGUGUUGUUGGACUCGAUCGAGCUCCUGGAGAAGAAAUCUCCGAAGGCGGACGAGAACAUACAACGGAUCAAACCAAAUCUCCCGGAAGCCGUCGAGACUUGUAUCCAGGCAGCGGGUUAUGAAUUCAACCAAAGCCUACAGAAGCAGUUGCUCCGUGCUGCUUCAUUUGGCAAAUCAGUGCUUGACCUCUACAGUAGCGACGAGUUUGUUGACAUGUGCGAAGACCUGAGGGUCCUGAAUGCGGUUCGGGAUUACCGUAUAGGACUUUACAUAUCAUAUGAGCAGUACCUAAGGCUUACACCGGAGAGACUGAUUGCGCGGCUGGUCGAUCGACGGGAAUACCUCUUGGCAAUCAAACUGUCCGAAUUCCUCCAUUUGCCCUUGAACAAGAUCUACGUCCAUUGGGCAAGCCAAAAAGUCAAGGCAUCCUCGGCCGAUGAUGAUUCGAUUCGAGACAUCGUUGUUGAACGAUUGCGCGGCAAGCCUGGCAUCUCAUUCGAAACAAUUGCCCGAGCGGCCUAUAACGAAGGUCGAAGCCAUCUCGCAACGAGCUUAUUAAACCACGAGCCAAGAGCAGGAAAGCAAGUUCCUUUGUUGCUCAACAUGGAAGAAGAUGAGAUCGCUCUCGACAAAGCCAUCGAGUCAGGAGAUCCAGAUCUGAUCUUUUUCGUUCUUCUAGAGCUGAAGAAGAAACUUCCCCUAGCAGCCUUUCUCCGGACCAUCAGUAGCAAACCCGUUGCUGCAGCCCUGGUGGAAAGCUCGGCAAGAAUAGAGGACCGGGAAUUGCUGAAGGAUUUGUACUAUCAAGAUGACAGGCCAGUACAAGGUUCAAACCUAUUGGUGGAAGAGGCGAUGCAACAGCCACAGGUUCAAGCAGUCAUUGACAAGCUCAAGCUAGCAGUUCGAUUGCUCACAGACACCAAAGAUCCAACUGCCGUUCUUCAUGGCAGAGCUCUCACCGAGGCUACACAACUGCUCAAAAUGCAGGAGGCGUUUGACAAGGAUAUAACCGACAGCAGUGGCAGCUAUCUCGGUCUGGGUAUCAAUGAAACAAUGUUCCGCCUCAUCAAAUCCGGUUACAGCAAACGGGCGGCCAAGGUUCAAAGCGAAUUCAAAGUCCCGGAAAAGACGUGGUGGUGGGUUCGCCUUCGUGCUUUGACAGCUGGUCGCCUCUGGGGUGAAGUUGAGGAAAUUGGGAAGAACAAGAAAUCGCCUAUUGGUUGGGAGCCGUUCUACAACGAAGUCCUCGGUGCAGGCAAUACGCGACUUGCCUCUUCUUUCAUUGCAAAAUGUGGCGGCCUGCAACCAGCAGAAAGAAUUGAGAUGUGGGUUAAGUGCGGCAUGGUCGUCAAAGCUGGCGAGGAAGCGUUGAGAGCGAAAGACACCAACGCCCUCGAGUCGCUCAGAGAUAAGGCCAACGGACAACAAUUGGUGGAGAUCGAGCGGAUGCUGAGUCAUUUGCGGCCGAAGAGAUAG